AAUGUACACUGUACUGUCCCCCUGCUGGACACAUCAGGAACUACAGGGGGGUAGAUCUGCUCCAGGACUGCAGCCUCCUCGUGCAGAGCUCAGCGGGUGGAAACACAUCAGCACAUUCGGCACAUUCGCGAUAGAAAAGCGGAGCUUUCACGUUUUGGGGAAGCUGUGCCUCCCCCGCCUCCCCCGACAGGCACCUCUGUUCCCUGUACAGGGAAGCACGACUCAUAAAAACUUCUUCCUGCUGGUAUUAUUUGAGCAACAUGGAAAGAAAUGCCUGAACGAUGAACUCUCAAAAUACAGGACGAUAAACAGACACAUCAAGAGUCAGAGAAGAUCAUCAGAACAGAAUAUUAACAUGUCAACCUCAGAAACCACAGUGAUUGUCGUCCACAAUCCUCCUUGUAGGAGAAGGCGGAGCCAUGAACUACCUCCUCUGUACUUUGCAGUGAGGAUUGUUCUUCUGGGUUCGAGCGUGUCAGAAAACAGUCUGGUGGGGAACUUCAUCUUAGGACGAGCAGCGUUUGACUGUGAAGCUCCUCCAGAUGUUGUAGAGAGAGUCAGAGGAAGACUGAAGGACAGAGACGUGAUGGUCAUCAACAGUCCUCAGCUGCUCCAGAGGAACAUCUCAGAUCAUCAGAUCACUCAGACAGUGAGAGAGUGUGUGAAUCUGUCUGAUCCAGGACCUCAUGUGAUCGUUCUGCUCCUCAGACAUGAGCCGUGUUCAGCAGAAGAUCAGGAGCAUGUGGAGAAGGUGCUGCUCUCUUUCUCUGAGCAGGUUUAUCAACACACCAUGGUGCUCACAACACAAGAGCCCACAGAAACCAGUGACAUCCUACAGAACAUCAUUCAGAAAUGUGCAAACAGACACUUCAUUCUUCAGAGGAGCAGCUCUCCUGAUGAUCUUCUGCAGAUGUUUGAGGACAUUGUGAAGAUGAAUGAUGGACGACACCUGGAUUGUGCUGAAGUUUCAGAGUGUGUGAAGCUGAAUCUGGUUGUGUGCGGGAGUGACGGGACAUUGAAAUCCUUCAUAUCAGAUCUGAUCUUGCAGCACACAGACAGAAGAUCAGACAUGGAGCUUCGUGUAAUAGAGCUUCCAGCUCUGAUCCGUCUCUCUGAGGAGGAAGUGAUGCGUCAGACUCUACGCUGUGUGUCUCUCUGUGAUCCUGGAGUUCAUGUGUUCAUCCUCAUCAUCCCUGAUGCUCCACUAACUGAUGAAGACAGAUCAGAAAUAGAGGAGAUCCAGACGAUCUUCAGCUCAAGAAUCAACAAACACAUCAUGAUCCUCAUAAAGCAGGAUUCAGAGCAUCAGACAGCAGAACUAAAUGAAGAAACACAGUCUGUCAUUGAGAGAUUUGGAGGACGACAUCAUUUCAUCGACCUGAACACACACGUGUCUGUGUUGAUGGAGAGCAUUGAGCAGAUGCUGGAGGAAAACAGAGGAGAGUUUUUCUCCACAGAGACAUUUCUGGAUGCGCAGAUGCUGAAAUUUGAAGAGAUGAAGAAGAAAAUUCAGUCACUAGAGACACAUGUACUGUUACAAGGUUCAACAGAGAGAGAAGAUGAUCUGAGGAUUGUGCUGCUGGGAAAAACUGGAGUCGGAAAAAGUGCAACUGGAAACACCGUCUUAGGAAGAAAAGCAUUUAAAGCAGAAACAUCUCAAGAGUCGAUUACUAAAGAGUGUCAGAGAGAAACAUCUGAAAUCAACGGCAGACACAUUACUGUGAUCGACACUCCAGGACUGUUUGAUACUGAACUCAGUAUUGAAGAAACCCAGAGAGAAAUCACUAACUGCAUCUCCAUGAUCCUGCCUGGACCACAUGUGUUCAUCAUCGUGCUCAAUUUAGGACAACAAUUCACUCAAGAAGAUGCAGCAGCUGUGGAGAUCAUCCAGGAGAAGUUUGGAGAGAAAUCUUUAAUGUUCACCAUGGUGCUCUUUACCAGAGGAGACGAUCUGGAGAACAAAACCAUUGAAGAGUUUCUGGGAAAACCUGGAUCUGCUCUGAAUCAGCUGAUUGAGUCGUGUGGAAACAGAUAUCAUGUGUUCAAUAAUGAGACUGGAGACCGGACACAGGUUACUGAUCUACUGCAGAAGAUAGACAACAUGCUGAAAGAGAACGGAGGGAGUUACUACUCAUGUAAGAUGUUCAGAGAGAUGGAGAGACAAAUACAAGAACAACAGAAGAACAUACUGAUGGAGAAAGUGGAGCAACUGAACAGAGAAAAAGAAGAACUGAUGAACAAUCAAAAAGAAGAGAUGGAGAGAAUGAAGAAGAUGAUGGAGAAAGAAAGACAGAAUCAUGACAAAGAGAGAAAAAGAAUAGAAGAAGAAUUUAAAGAAAGAGAAGAACAAUAUAGAAGAGAGAUUAAAGAAAGAGAGGAACAAGACAGAAAGAUACAAGAGGAGAUGAAGAGAGAACGAGAGGAAUGGGAAAAACAGAAACAACAGGAAAGACAAAGAAGAGAAGAAGAUGAGGAGAAAUGGAGGAAGAAAGAACAGGAAAUCUGGGAUGAAUAUAAUAAUGUACUUAAACGAGAAAGAGAAAGAAGUCAGAGAGAGAAAGAAGAUCUUCAGUUCAGACAUGAAGAAGAGAGAGAGAGAAUGAAGAUGAUGAUGGAGAAAGAAAGACAGAAUCAUGACAAAGAGAGAAAGAGAAGAGAAGAAGAGUUUAGAGAGAGAGAAGAACAAUAUAAAAGAGAGAUUAAAGACACAGAGGAACGAGACAGAAAGAUGCGAGAGGAGAUGAAGAGAGAACGAGAGGAAUGGGAGAAACAGAAACAACAGGAACGACAAAGAAGAGAAGAAGAGGAGAAAGAAAGACGUAGAUUCUUUGAACUUUAUACAGAAACUCCUGAGACUCAGCACAAAACCAAUGAUGAAGAUUCCGCAUCAGAUCCAGGAGGUUUAAGAAUCUUGCUGUUUGGGAGAACAGGAAGGGGAAAGUCUACAACAGGAAACACUAUCCUCGGAAACAGAAGGUUCCAAAGUAGACACAGUUCGCGUUUGGUGACCACUGUUUGUCAGAAGGGAGUUGGUGAAGCUGAUGGUCGAUCAGUAGCUGUUAUUGAUACUCCAGGACUCUUUGACCCCUCACUGACAAAAGAACAAGUCGUGGAAGAAAUAAUGAAAUGUGUUUCACUGUCAGCACCUGGACCACAUGCGUUCAUCAUUGUGCUGAGUGUGGGAAAAAUGACUCCAGAGGAGAAAGACACUUUACACAUGAUAAAGAUGAUCUUUGGCUCAAAAGCAGCAGAUUUCUGCAUUGUUCUCUUCACUCGAGGAGAUGAUCUGAGAGGACAAACAAUACAGCAAUAUGUAGAGAGAUGUGAUGAACUCAAGAAACUGAUCAGUGACUGUGGAAACAGAUUCCUGGUUUUUAACAACACAAGAAUACGAGAUCGGACACAAGUUACUCAGCUGUUCAGUAUGAUAGAAGAGAUGAAUCAUGGUCAAUAUUUCACUAAUGAGAUGUUUGAGAAGGCAGCGAUCUCCAUUGAACAGAGAAUGGAAAUGAUAGAGGAGAAUGAAAGAAAAAAUCAGGCUCAAUUUGAAGAAUUAGAAGCCAAAUAUGACAGGGAAGACAUGAGUAUGAGAAUGAGACUAGAGGAGAAAAAACAAUGGACAGAUGAGGAAAGAGAGAGACUGAAGAACAAGUUCAGAGAAAAAGAGGAAACAUUCAGGAGAGAGUUUGAGGAGAAAGAAAAAUCAGAUCAGAAGAAACGAGAGACGGAGGAUCAGAAACGAUCAGAAGACGAGAAACAGCAAAUAGAUGAAUAUCAUCUGAGAAUAGAGGAGAUGAAGAGAGAGAUAGAAGAUCAGAGAAUACAUUAUGAAGAAGAGCUAAAAGAAAGAGAAGAAGAAGAUAGAAAGAGAGAGGAAGAAUAUAAACAAGAGCAAGAAAAGAUGAGAAAUGAGCAGGAACACAUCAUGACAGAGUUAAGAAAAAAAAAAGGAAGAGGAAAUAAAAAAGAGAGAUUCAGAGGAACAAAUGAGGAAGGAACAAGAAGAGAAAGAGAGAGAAGUAUGGAAGAGAAAAAUAAAAGAUGCUGAAAAUGACAAAGAGACUCAAGAACAAAUUAAACGACAGCAGAGAGAAUGGGAGGAUGAGAAGAAACGACAGAUGAGAGAACGAGAGGAAGAGGAAAGAGAGAGAAAAGAAAAACAUGAGAAACAGCUGAGAGAAAAACAAGAAGAACUGGAGA